UUACAGCCAUGCCGCCUCUGGAAUCUGAGUAUAGCAAGUGUCCUGGCACUAACCCUAUCUAAUGUUUUCCUGACCGUGAGAUUGCUGCAUAAUAGCGACUGCAACAGUCAGUACAGCUCCAAUGUCGACGACAGUGCUUCGCUGGUUCCACGAGCCCCGGUCCUCACACCGGCCACCUGCCUGGAGUACGUGCUGGCCGAAACGCUCACCAACAACACCGACAAGGCUGUCUUCUCCGGGUUGGACCUACGGCUGGGACGGUGGGACUCAAGAAGAUUGUACAAAUUUUUUGAUUUUGCUGUGAUCGGUGAAAAGUAUCCCGAACUGGGAGAGAAGUUUAGUGUCUGUCUGGCAACGCAAAGUUCGAUUGAGAAGAUCUACUCGCUGGUGCAAGUAUCGCACCACUGGUCCGGACCGAUAUCCGCGGCCAUCUUUGCAGCUGGAAAUGACGAAUUAUAUUUGCUACAAAUUUAUCUAUCCUAUCUGAGAAAUUGCUUCAAAACGAUCCGCGAACGGGUCAGCUUUCAUCUCGCUCUGCCCAAGGACCGUGCUCCGACUCACCUGAAAAGCAUUCACGUCGGUGACUUUACCAAGUUCGAUUGUGCCAAACCGGAGGCGACGUUGAAUGAUUUGAUGAAACUGCGAAAGGCGGACACUAACAAGUGGCGCAUCAAAAACCCCUACCCACAGAACCAUCUACGCAACGUCGCCCGCAAAGGAUGCCAAAAUAUGUUCGUGUUUCUCACGGAUGUAGACAUUAUUCCCAGUGUUAACUUUGCCGAACAUUUGGAUAAAUUUCUGAGAAACCGUAAGACGUCGCACCACGGCCACCAGACGGCGUACGUCGUGCCUACCUACGAGCUGGACGAACGCGUUCGCUUUCCCCGCAACAAGACUGAUCUGAUACGGCUCGCCAACAAGGGUCUAGCUAGACCGUUUCAUCACAAAGUUUUCAUCUACAAUCAGUUUGCGACUAACUUUUCCAGAUGGCAAGCUGAAGUUUCGGACAGCGAAGAAACGCGCGUGUCGCAUAAUGUGACAAAUUUCGAGUUCUUAUACGAACCGUUCUACGUAGCACCUGACACCGUACCACCCCACGACGAAAGAUUUCUAGGCUAUGGGUACACGAGGAAUACCCAGGUUUACGAAAUGUUUGUAGCCGGCUAUCAGUUCCAGGUGCUCACACCACUGUUCACCGUCCAUUGGGGCCUACAGAACAAAAAGAGCCGUCCAGCGUGGCGCGAGCGGCAGAACAAUGUGAACCGCAAGUACUUCGAGAUAUUCAAGCGGGAAGUUUUUGCCCGAUAUCACAAGGAUCCGUUGCGAAUGUUGCUACCGAAAAAGGUGCAAAAACAGCAUGGCGUCGGUGGAGGCAUAGGCGCCGGUGCACUAGGAAUUGGUGCAGUCGCGGCCGGGGCUGCAGCCGGGGAUAACAACGGCUGA